AUGGGUUCAUUGCUAGUAAUUGAACUCCAACUGGUCGCCUUCAUUAUGGUAUUCUCCGUGAGCGGCCUCGUCUCAGUCCUUGACAUAGCAUUCCCAAUUUUCAUGUCAGCAUAUCUCGUAGCCUUGUCGCGCUUCGCCUUCCCCGCGCACGAUAGGGGCUCAUCUGGGUCUCGAGAGAUCUUCCAAGGUAGCAAGUUGUUCAGGCUGUAUGUGGUUGUAGGAACAACAGUGGGGCUGUUCUUGCCUUUGGCUUAUGUAUUGGGUGGAUUUGCGAGGGGCGAUGAUCAAGCUGUCCGAUCCGCAACGCCUCACUUGUUCUUGCUUUCGUGCCAGAUUCUUACCGAGAAUGUUAUAAGUGGAUUGUCUCUGUUUUCGCCUCCGGUCAGGGCACUUGUUCCUCUGCUUUAUACUGUCAGGAGGAUCUUUGUGAUCGUUGAUUGGAUCCAAGAUGUUUGGCUCAACAAAACACUUCCCGCCAACGCAGAAUUUAAGGACGUAGCAUGGUUUUGGUUUGGGAGGAUUCUAGCACUGGCCAAUUUGGCAUACUUCUCCAUCAACCUUUUCGGGUUCUUGAUUCCGCAGUUCCUUCCACGAGCGUUUGAGAGAUAUUUCAGAGAGAGGGAUGAGAUUCACUCCAAGAUGGUGGAAGAUAAGCGUUCUGCUGUGAACAACAAAUCUCAGUCCACAGAUAAGAAAAUGGAUUGA